AAAAUUUCCAAAUGACGCGGAAGAAAAGUUUGGAUGACAAGCAAACAACGAGUUUGUGAUUUAGAGCCGUUUCGUGUGUUUCGAGUUUACUUUAAAUGCUCUUUUGGACGUCACCGUGUGUGCGCCAUCUCCCCGUACCCACGCUAACUAUUUUUUGAUGUUUCAAUUUUUAAACAAUCGUGUUGUGUUUGUGCACGAGUGGCGUCUUGUUUUCUCGAAAACGCGCUUUAGGUGAAAGCGUCUGUCCGUUUUGUGGGUGUUUGGGGGGUUUGCGCUUGUUAGGAGUGAUGAUUUAGCGAAUUUUUGCCCAACGAAUGUUUGGUUACCGGCCGCGACCUGCAUUACCCUCAUUUUUUUGCAGUUUCAAAUCAUGGCCGAUUCUAUCGAAUUGCGUAUGAGUGUUACGUCCAUCCGAAGAGUUGAUCCAUAUGUGAAAGAUAUUCUCGCAACUGCUACGCACGUCGCUUUAUACAAAUUCAACACAUCGACGAACGAAUGGGAAAAAACAGACACUGAAGGUGCGUUGUUUAUAUACAGCCGAAAUGGGGAACCGUUUCACAGUAUUAUGGUUAUGAACCGCCUCAACACAAAUAAUGUGAUAGAACCCAUCGUGAAAGACUUCGACUAUCAGAUGCAAACACCGUUCCUGCUCUACAGGAAUUCCAAAAGUAAAAUCUUCGGCAUCUGGUUUUUUAAUCGUGAAGAGUGCGUACACAUUACCUACUUAAUUGAGACAGUUAUGGAGAGUUUGAAAGACAAGAGUAACGAGAAGACGAAGAAGCAGGAAAACGGGGUGGAUAUCUUCAGUUUGCUGUCCAAAGCGCAGGAGGAUUUCAACAAGACGCCAACCAAGCAGGAGUCUGUGCCUCCCGCGUUUUCCACUCCGAGAGAUUGUACAUCGAAAAGUGUUAUGGACUUUUUUGCUAAAGCCAGCACGAAAUCGACACAGAAACCCAUUCCUAUGGUGCCGGGGGGCGAAGGCGAAAAUGUGCUGCAAAGGUUAAUGUCUAACCCAGCACAUACUGUUGAACAUAUUGAAAAGCAACAGAGGUCAAUCACUCCACAGGAGCAGGUACCAUUACGGCAUAAAAUAAAUUCCGACAGGCGCAGCGUGCCCAUAUCUUUUCCCAGCACCAGCAAUCCAACCGAACGAAAAGAACCAGAAAAUCGAAUGUCUUUCAUGGGGAUUUCACCUCCGACUCAGUCUUACCAAGGCGCAUCGCCGUUAGCUUUCCUCCUUCAAGGACCAACUCUUCAGCAGCCCGAAGAGGCGACAGACACAAGGACGUCCCCGUUCGCGCAAUUCUUGGAUAAUGCUCAAAAGCCCCAGUUGAUGACUCCAAUGAUGUUUACAACACCCACAACGGCAGAAAAAUUAGAUAAUACCCUAAAGGUCGAAAAUAAGCUCGACAGUAUCGAUCUGUUGACGGAAAAGCAGCUAGCACAAGCUCUUAUUCACUUACUAAAGACGAAUUCGAACUUCACCAGGCAGAUACAUGAGGCUUACGUGAAUUCCAUUAUGGAGAGGGUGAAUUGUAACAGUAAUUCUUUGAUUUAAAUGAUUUUUCGUUUUUUACUACGUGAACGAGGUCUUGUCUUGAUUGAUUCAAGCUUAUCCUUAUAAUGCCUUAAAUUUUUAGAUUUUAAUAGCGACUUUGUCAUUGUUUGACUGAAAAUUGGAACAGUUUUAUUCGACGAGUUUCACGUUUUUGUGUAUAUUUUGUUUGUUUCUGGACUGAGAGAGGAACAUACUUUGGUAUGUAACAUUUACAGUGUUUCAAAUACACAUAACUUAUUAAGAAGAUAGUUGCAGACAAAUAGUGGUCUUGUAGAAACCAUUGUAUUAAUGUAACGUAUAUACAGUUACAUACUAAUUGUGAUACAUAGAUGUACAUGUUUAAAACUUAUAAAUUUCAACGAGUUUGCUAUUAAUAUAGUUUUUAAUCCAGUAUAUGUACUUCACCGUGUUUAAGAGAUCUUAUUUAGUUCAUUAUUGGCCGUGCUUCUAGUCAUUUAUCCAUGUUUUAAUCCUAGUGGUGUUUGGAAAAAGUUUUAUUUUCGAGAUUUAUUCAAAGUUUUUUUUGACCAAAUGGUUAAAUUUUGACGUUUCGGUGGAGCUGACGUCUCAAACUGAAGCGGAAUCACUCUAGUGUAUCGCUGUAGGUUGCAGUGGAACUAUAUUUUUAGCAAAGUUGACUCUCAUUCUCAUGGAUGUAUAUUUUUAAUUGACUAUAUAAAUCUAUCAUAACCAUAUGUACAGGAUAUAUUGUUUAUUGACAUCUUCCGUUGAGUCUCAACUCUUGGUUUCUCCAGUGAACAAUGAAAGUUUUAUAUUAAAUUGAUUUGCGACAUCAAUGUCAUUUAAAGUCUCAAUAAAUUAUUUAUUUGAA